AUGGCCACAGCAAUGGGUACCCAGACUGACACUGGCUCAUGGGGACGCCCAUACCCAGUGCAAUUCACCUUCUCAAUUGGCGGCAAGGUGUUCCUGUACGGCCAAUGCCUAUCUGAUAAGUACUGGUUCAUUCAGGAGCUUCUCCCUGGUGGGAAAAUGGGUUCGGUGACCGACUCAGGUACCUGGGACUAUGAAUACGCUGUCCAAUUCCCCUUUACUAUCAACGGCCGGGUCUUCUUUUGCGGGCACGAGACAAACACCAACUACUGGUUCAUUCAAGAGCUUCUCGCGGACGGGAAAAUGGGAUCCCAGACCGACACCGGGCAUUGGAACAAUGCUUAUCAUGUUAUGUACGCCUUCUCGGUUGGCAACAAGAACUACCUGUUUGCACAUAAUAUAACCACAUUCUAUUGGUUUAUCCAGGAACUCCUUCCCGGUGGAAAGAUGGGGACCGAGACUGAUAAUGGCCAUUGGGCAACUCGCUACGCAGCUCAGUUUCCUUUCACCAUUGGCGAUACUCAGUACAUCUAUGGCCAAGAUGUGGGCAACCCAUGGGCAGUUUCCCCUUCGCUCAGCAAACAAGUGUCGCAAGGUCAGUCUGGUCUCGCGGCUGUAGUGGGUUUGGCGGCUUUCGUUACGCCUACUUCAGGCCCCACCACUUAUUCAGAACCAACACGUCGCUGGUUCAUCCAGAAAAUCCUCCCCGGUGGUAAAAUGGGUGAUGAAACCGAUAGCGGUAAAUGGAUUGGCAUUUAUACUACGCAAUUUCCGUUUGCUAUGAAUGGCAAGCAAUAUUUCUAUGGCCAGGAUCUCGGUGUUGGGAAAUGGAUAAUCCAGGGUCUUGAUGCUAAUGGCAAGAUUGGAAAUGAGCUACAGAAUGGUAAAUGGGAUAAUGCUCGGGAAGUCCAGGUGCCCUUCAUUGCGGGAGGAAAGCAAUAUUUCUACGGGCAAAACCUGUCAUCCCGCGCCUGGUACAUUCAGCAGAUAAACUAG